CGGGCGGGCGGUGCGGGAGCAUGGCCCCGGCGGGGCGGCUGUGCUGUGCCGCGCUGCUCUGCGGCGCCCUCAGCCUCUGCAGCCUGCGGGCCGCGCCGCGCCAGCCCGACACCCUCUACUUGUGGAUCGACGCCCAGCAGGCGCGGGUGCUCAUCGGCUUCGAGGAGGAUAUUCUGAUCGUGUCCGAGGGGAAGAUGGCCCCGUUCACCCACGACUUUAGGAAAGCCCAGCAGAGGAUGCCCGCCAUCCCCGUCGGCAUCCACGCAAUGAACUUCACUUGGCAGGCAACGGGCCGGGCUGAGUACUACUAUGAAUUCCUGUCUUUGCACUCUUUGGAUAAAGGCAUAAUGGCUGAUCCAACUAUAAAUAUCCCCCUGCUUGGAACAGUUCCUCAUAAAGCAUCAGUUGUUCAGGUUGGAUUUCCUUGCCUUGGAAAACAAGAUGGGGUCGCUGCAUUUGAAGUGAAUGUGAUCGUAAUGAAUUCAGAAGGCAAUAUUAUUCUCCAGACCCCUCAGAACGCCAUCUUCUUUAAAACCUGUCAGCAAGCGGAAUGUCCAGGAGGAUGCAGAAAUGGAGGGGUUUGCAAUGAAAGACAUGUCUGUGAAUGUCCUGAUGGAUUUUAUGGGCCUCAUUGUGAGAAAGCACUGUGUGUUCCUCGCUGCAUGAACGGUGGGCUCUGCAUCACACCUGGCCUCUGCAUCUGCCCCCCGGGGUUCUACGGCAUCAACUGCGACAAAGCAAACUGUACAACAACCUGUUUCAAUGGAGGGACAUGUUUCUAUCUGGGAAAAUGCAUUUGUCCUUCAGGCUAUGAAGGAGACCAAUGUGAAAUUAGUAAAUGCCAUCAACCCUGUCGAAAUGGAGGCAAAUGUACUGGUAAGAAUAAAUGCAAGUGCUCCAAAGGCUACCAGGGAGACCUGUGUUCAAAGCCUGUCUGUGAACCCAGCUGUGGCCUGUAUGGCACCUGUGUGGAGCCCAACAAAUGCCAGUGCAAAGAAGGCUGGCAUGGGAGACACUGCAAUAAAAGGUAUGGAGCCAGCGGUUUGAGCGCCCUGAGGCCAGCAGGCAGCAAGAACAGGCAGCACACGCCUUUGCCAAAAAGGGCCGAGGAGAAGCAUGUUCCACCCGAAUCCAAUUAUAUCUGGUGAACUCCAACAUCUGAAAUGGUUCAUGUUACACAAAGUUCACAGCCAUCAUUAACCUCUCAUGGAUUGAAUGUUAAAAUUCUGUUCAUUACAGUUAAGAUUACCGGCUGGAAUUUUAUUAGCUUCAUUAUAAACCACUGAGCUGACACUUACUAUUCCUUUUAAGUUUUAUAAAUACUUCUGUAGCAUGAUUAUAUAGGCUUCUUCUCUCAGUGUUUUGGAUGGUGUUUUGUACUACACUUCAGUUACAUCUAAACUUCCUUUUUUUGGUUAUAUAGCUGCAAAUAUUAUCCAAAAAUUAAGUAACAAUAUUCAAGCAGAAAACCCUGUAGAUGCUAAUCCUGAAUUAUUUCAAUGACUACAGAUGCAAUUUGCCUAGGACAAAAGAAAGGUGCAUUUUUCAAAUUUUUACAAAUUGUGUAUUCAGAUUUUUCCCUAAGAAAAACAAAUACAUAAAUAAAUAAGUUGCCUAAUUUAAAAACUGAAUAACUCAAUUCAAUGUUAUUUUUGGCUUUACAGUUUUGUGUAUUAAAAAGAAACUGCAGUGGUGCCAUUUAACCAACAUAAUAUAUUGUAAACAAAGUAGAACUAUAAUGUAUGAAGUUUCUGCAUCAGCUUGAAGCAAUAUAAUAUAUUGUAAACAGAACAGCUCUUAUGUAAUAAACUUUUUAUACUGAUUGUUAUGUAUAAAAUAAAGAUGCUGCUUUAGUUUUUUGAGUA